AUGGAGGGGACCAGAUCCCAGGAAGACGAGUGCCUAAAAUGCGCCUUCAACACCGACUGCUACGACAACGCCUGCCACUGUCUGCAAGACUUCUAUGGCGACCCUCACUUCCAUUGUUACCAUAGCGACAGCAGAUUUUGCUCAAUAAGCAGCGACCCCGUGGACCUUACCUUUGGAAAACAGAAAAUCCACCUGGAAAUGUUCGCCUCCACCAAGGCGGUUCAGAUCGCCACUAAGCGAAUGGCCAGUGGCUUGGGCUUCUGCAACUUGACCAUGUGGAUCAACAGCAAACGACGCCUGGGCAGAAUUUAUGUCGCUGGGGUCCAGUUUAUCCUCGCGCAGACGACAAACGGCAGGGUGUACUCGGUGGAGGCUCGGAUUACCGGGCAGGUGAUUAACGGCACGUACGAGUGGGCGGUGUCUCACAAGAAACAAGGCACCAAUGUCUUCACCCCGUGGCUGCUGCUCCGUAGCGACAGUCCCAUGAUCAUCAAGAGGUCAGGUGUCCUGCAGGCCUGCGACCUCUACCUGACCAGGCUGGAAUCGCACAUCGUCAUAGUCAGCCUGUCCUGUUGUGGGGUCGUCUUUGGGUUACGGCCGUACAAUCCUACUGACCCCAGCGCUAGACCAGGAUUCUUCAUAGAAGUCAACAAACCAAACCUCCCGCUUUUAACAGAAAACUGGGUCGAAGGCGAAGAACCCGUCUGUUUUGACGAAGGCUCCUUCACCAUCGACAACGUCAUCCAACGAACGGGAAUCCCCGAGCCCAACAAGGCCUUGACCUACCUAGCCCUGACCAACUCCCCGCCGACCGACUACGACGGCGUGCCUCAGAACAUCUCCAGGCUGACCUCGCUCCUGGGGAGUUGCCCCGACGACAAGCGGCUCCAGUUCUUCAGCCAGGGGUGGUUCGUUCUCUCGACCCGACCGUUGAUUCGAUGCGUGUCCGAGACCCCCGGGCUGGGGGACAUCGUCGACUUGGCUGUCCUGGUGUUGGAGUGGUUCUGCCAGUCCAACUCGGCCAGCUGCCUGCAAGCGCAGCAGUGCAUCAGUCGGUGCUUGCACGUGGUCGCCACACACGCGGACCUCCAAGGGUUCCUCAAUGUCGUUUGUUAAUGCUGACAUUAAUUUAUUCCUAGAUGGCUGGUGUUAUUAUUGGCAUCUAGGCAUUCCUAGAUGCCUUUUAAUAAAAUAUUGGCUUACGUGUAUUCUUAAAUGUCAUUUAGAAUUGACUUUCAUGUAUUACUAGAUGACAUUUGUAAGUUUUAGCAUCCAGGUAUUCCUAGAUGGCAUAAAAAUUGACUUCCAGUUUCUCUUCUAAUUUUUCUCAAGAUUGUAUAGCACUAAACCCAACCAAGCUUGACAAAUCUAUGUAUAAAUUAUUUUAUUUUUAGUUGCCAAGUA